GUAUUCGGCCAGUAUUGGUCCGAUUGUCACCACGUGUUGUUCUGGGUCGUAAACGAACCGAUGGUUCUGUUGUAAAACCAGUAAGUGUUCACCUACACCUGCAUCAUAAAAGAGAGUGAUCAACGAUCUGUAAGUGUAUUAAAUAUCGUUGGAUCUGUAGUAGCAGAAACCGCAAGCCGUGUACGUGUAUCCUGCGGUCCUGCGUUAAAACUGGGACACACACAGGCACUUUCGUUGGGCUUUUCUAUGGAUAUAAAAUAGAUGUAUAAAAAAGGGCCGUGUCUCUCUGUGUCCCCGAAUGUAACCGCAGCCAACAGUUUUAGAUUGCAUCCCACCGUACUCACCGUCCGAUCGAUGGGGAAUUGUAAUUAAACGGAAGACCCACCGAAACUGGACCACAGGGAAAGGCGCCUGAGAAUCUCGACACACACACACACAUACGGUGCAUUUUAAUUGAGAUCAAUUGUCGGUAGCUUUAGCAGUUGUGGCUUCAAUCGCUCACCGAUCAGUCAAAUUGGUGAUUGGUUCGAAGGAGAUUACGGGAACCAGAUUACUAUCUCGACGAGCUGCCGUUGUGGACACGCAAAAUCUGGCUCUCGUACGCAGAUAAACUUGCACACUAUCAGCAAGCGUACGGUUACGUGAAGGCAGAAGAAGAUCGUGCCAUUUGUAAACUGUUCAGCGGCAAUAGACAGGUUAUGACUCAUCGCCGACCAUCCCGGUUUAUACAGUUCUUGAGGGUAAUGUGCACGCUUGGUCGUAAAAAGUGACCGACAAGCCUCUCAGCGGUAGCAGUGCGCACAGGAAUUUCCAUCGGCGAACCCUUCGAGAAGCACCUGCUAACACUGGGGUGUUCCUACAUCUUCAGAACGGUGAUUACGACGGAUUACUGGUAAGAUCGUAAAUGACAAUAGUGCCAACAGCACUAGAAAGGAGAGAGAGAAAAAAAUUGGAUUCUCACUAUCACAGCCACUAUCAUCAUCGUGUGUGACAAAGCCCGUACAUAGUGGACGAGAGUAGUGAUUGUUUAUUAGGCGGCAAAACAUUUGUAGCCCAACAUUGUGAGAAUGACAAAUAACAAGGGUACUACCACCCAAGGCUAGGGAGCAAAAACGUGUACCACAAAUCAAAUCCUUAUCGGCAAAUUCGACGAAGAGAGCGUCCCGUUGGUCACUGUAUCGGUUUUGACGGACGCAUCCGUACCCGUUUGGGGGUGACGUUCUAUCGGGCAAGACGAUCAGUCUUGAUUGUUCCGGCGUACCAGUCGGUCGGUGCGAACAUUUCGGAGGGGACCCAGGAACCAGAAGGAUUUUCGUCCAUUAUCAAAUUUGCCACUUGUACUUGGUGUGGCGAAAUGGCGAAAUCAAUCACGGCCAAUCCGCAGGGCCAGUUCUCGGUCGAAGACUACACGGUGUUUACGAUCAUGCUCGGAAUUUCGACGGCCAUCGGUGUGUACUUUGGCUUUUUCCAGAAGAAGAAAAAUCAAACUACAGAAGAGUAUCUGCUCGGUGGGCGAAAGAUGAAAACGUUCCCGAUUGCGAUAUCGCUGAUUGCAAGCCAACUGUCGGGCGUAUCUAUAAUGUCAGUUCCGGCGGAAAUGUACUCUUACGGUGCGCAAUACUGGAUCAUUGCACCGACGAUGAUACUCAUCACGAUGAUCAUCAACUACAUCUUCGUGCCGGUGUUCUACAACAAUCACAUCACGAACUGCUACCAAUAUCUGGAGGAUCGCUUUAGCCCGGCAGUGAAAAAGUUCGUAACGUUUACGUACGUACUAAACAUCUACCUGAUACUGCCGAUUUUCAUCUUCAUACCCGCGCUGGCCUUUUCACAAGUCACCGGCAUCAACAUCCACCUGAUCAAUGGGAUCGUCUGCGGUGUUUGCAUUUUCUACACAAUGCUCGGUGGCAUUAAGGCGGUCGUGUGGACGGAUGUUGUGCAAGGGAUGAUUAUGUUUGUGUCCUGUUUUCUGGUGGUGGUCAUUGGUGUGGCAAAGAUCGGUGGAUUGUCCGAGGUGUAUGACCGGGCUGCAGCCGGUGAUCGGUUGGAAAUUUUUGACAUGACACUGGAUACGACGACGCGUCAAACGUUCUGGACAGCCAGCGUGGGCAAUCUGUUCCUGUGGACCGGUUACCUAGGGCUUAGUCAAAGCUGCGUGCAACGUAUCGUGUCCGUACCGAGCAUGCACCAUGCACGGACGGCUUUGUGGAUCUUUUGCGUGGGUUUCAUCAUCAUCAUGACGCUCAACUGCUUUACCGGCAUUGUAAUCUUUGCCAAAUAUUUCGACUGCGAUCCGAUAAAGGUUGGCCUAGUGCAGAAGGCCGACAAGUUACUGCCCUUCUUCGUACAGGACGUCGUGGGUAACCUGAAAGGUAUGCCGGGAGUGUUCAUCUCGUGUGUGUUUAGUGCAGGAUUAAGCACGAUGUCUGCCAACCUCAACUCCCUGGCGGGUUUAAUUUACGAGGACUACAUUCGACCGUUUAAGUUGUUUAAACACACCGACGCUUCGGCGAAUAGGACCAUGAAGAUGCUGAUCUUCGUUAGUGGCAUUUACUGUAUUGCCAUGGGAUUGAUCGUGGAGCAGUUCGGGCACAUACUGCAAAUGGUCGUUACGAUCGCCAGCGUUACGCAGGGUGCCGUAAUGGGAAUAUUCUGUCUCGGUAUGCUAUGGCCGUGGGCCAACAAACAUGGCGCACUUUGGGGCUCUGCAUCGAGUGUGAUCGUGAUGUCUUGGAUCAUUGCGGGAGCACAAAUGGCGAUCAGUAACAAGGCGAUCGUCUACCCGCCAAAAGCUACCAGCGUCGAGGGAUGCUACGAGUACGGGUUUAACGUUACGGCAAACGAUUUUCCUUCGUUCGUGGCACCACAGGAGGAGUCCGAAUUCUCCAUCUACAAUAUUUCCUUCGUCUGGUACUCGACGGUGGGCACGUUUCUGGUGUUUCUGGUAGGAAUUCCUGUUAGCUACUUCACCGGAUCGCAGGAUAUGCGAAACUUCCGACCGAAGCUGAUUUCCCCACUCGUUCACUGGCUGCUACCGGAGGAGGUACGACAAAACGAAUUUUCGUUGAAGGGAGAAAAUGACAAACUCAACGCAGAACCAAUCAAAGAAUGGACGUUUACUGCGAACGAAACGGAAAAGUAUAAAGAAAGGCAUGGAGUCAUCGAGCAGACUUUGUAGGACAAAUUGAGAUUCUCUUGUACAGGAGAUUGUGGACACGUGGUGCAAGUGUUGGUGCGUGGAACAGGAAAUGUUAUGUUAAAUCCAAACCUAGUUAUUAUGCAUGUUUACUGGAAACGGGAAGGAGUUACUGUAUGUUUAAUGUUUAUGCGACAUUCAUGUGUUGUGUGAAUCGUUCAUCUAAUCGAUGUGUAGUAUUAAUUUGGUCAGUUUUAAAAGCGCCCCGUUGUACUAUGUAUUUCAUUGCCGUAGUAGAUACAAGCCGAAGUUAAAUAAAACAGAAAACAUUAUAUUGUGGAUAU